AUGAGAACCUUUCCUGAUCAUAUUGUAAUCGAUCUCUUCCUGAGAACACCGAGAGCUGGAAAAAUAAAUGAGAGAGCUUUCAAGUUGUUUACUACUGCUGGCAAGGACGAGGUAUUUUCUCUCAUCCAGGCACUAAACAUUCGAGUCACAGGUACCCCUGUAUUUCCUACCAGAUGUUCUUAGAAAUUCUGAGUUUUAAUCUGAGAAACACACGGUGAUUUGGACUAAAGAGUUGCAGCCAGUUGCUUUUAA